AUGUUAUGCAGCACGAGAUGCGUCCGUUUUCUGACAGCUUCGCAGAGCCCCGGCGGCUCCUCGACCGGGAGUGCCGUCAGCCUUUCGGCCAGCUUCGCGCUCAUCGGAAUCGGCACCGAGAACGACGGAUCGAUCGUGCAGCCGUCAUCUAGACAGUCCUUGUACUCACUGAAGCCAACUCAAGAGGUAAUCACGGCCGAGAGUUGUUGGCGCGUAUCCAAAAGCCUCGACACCCCCGGAGCCAUGGCAAGGUCUACUCGCGACGUGGCGGCAGCGACAGAGGUCCUCCUGGACCCUGCGGCGAGUGCGAAACUACCUGGAGGUGGCUACACGUCCUUCUUGGCGGGAUCAUUUGAGAGGUUGAAGAUUGGCUUCGUUGAUCCUACCCUCUGGCGCUUCCCACCUGAUCUUUGGGUUCCCAGCGAUGAAGCUAAAGAACAACACGAUGCGUAUCAUAACGCGAGAGCUUUGGUGGAGUCACUUGGCGCAAAGGUGGUCUAUCCCGCGACCUUGCCUGAGCCCAGCAAGUUAGAAAAUGAUGGCGACUACACACCUUUCGUCGUGAACUCCUUCGAGAUCGCAGACACAGUAAAGGAGUUUUUCAGUGACUACGUCGAUCCGGAGUCCACGAUCCGGGACCUCUGCCAUAUUGUCAACUUCAACAAACAGCACUCAGAAAGCUGCUUACCGAAAGAUGCACCAGAUCAAUCUUGGCUCGUCAGGGCUGUCGAGGAGAAACCGUCGCAAGAGAGAUACGAGGCCGCUUUCCAACACAUGCGCCGGGUCGGGAGGGAUGAGGGACUCAAGAAAACCCUUCGCGAUAAUGAUCUCGACAUUGUAAUCACUCCGAUGGAUAGCCCUGUGUGCUCCCUCAGCAUGGCUUCUGGAUAUCCAAUCGCUAAUGUUCCUCUGGGGAGGUACCACCUUAAAGGGGAGCCCAGCCAUCCGUUUGGAUUGGCUUCUCUCGCCCGUUCUGAAGGCGAAGGCACUCUCUUCCAAUUCAUGAGCGCCUACGAGGCCAACUUUCCAGCUAGGGUUAUCCCGGAGCGGCUGCUAAGGUCCAUUCCAGAGCAAUCCGCCUAG